GCUUUCAAAUGCUUUGAUUGAUAUAGCAUUGAUGGGGAAACGUUACUGAUACUAGUCUUUAGGUUUCACCUAUAGCAGCCUAACAGCAGAAGGAAAGGCAUUGAUAGCGCAUGAGAAAGCUCGACAUCGCGCGGCUCUUCUCGCACAUCUCAACUCGGAGAAAGUUUCUUUUGACGACCGACUCAAUCAGAUCAUUCAAAUAGAACACAUGAUGGCCAGCAUCGAAGCUAUGUCGAACUUUAUGGACAAGGAGAUUCAAUUCCUAGGAGUAUUCGGUCUGCUAGAUAUGGGUCGAACGCUUAUUAGGGAGUGCCAUGUGAACAAAUACAAAUUCAAUUUGUCUAUGUAG